GUUUGAUUUCGGUAAAGACUUGGUGCUGUCAUUGGCUUCAUUACUUCUCCACCUACCCGAGGUUGUCUAUAGACUGCAUACUCGAUGGAGUACAACGUGACAUGGGGUGAUGGCACCCUAGGCUUGACAUUGCGUGCCGAGCUGGGAGAUGACAUGCCUCCAGUGGUGGGACGGAUCACCCGUGAAGGCUCCGCCGCGGCUCUUGCUGGCGUUGCUGUCGGGCACUUGCUUGUGAGCGUUAAUGGGGUCGAGACAGCGCGACGAGGAUACACUGCUGUCGUACACAUUCUCAAGACAAUUCCACGACCGUGUGUCCUGCGAUUUCGCGUGCCAAAGUCCCUUGCCAUCCACAAGAACAAUCGCCACAGCGAAGGCACGCGCGCCAACGGCAACAGCGACAACAGGUCGGUACGCACUCUAUAUCGACAGGCGUCUGCCUACGGCGACGGUCGCGACCAUUCCACAUGGUCAGAACCAUUCGCGUAUCCUCGACAGCAGCAGCACGCGUCUUCGUCUCCUCGUGAGAACCGAUCCACGUCCAGCCUCUUGGCCACAAACCUAGCAUCUCCCGACCCCACUCGCCUUUCGGACCGUACGUCGCAAGGCUCAGACCACCGAAGCUCAAACCAGCGACGAUCUGGCGGUAACUCGUUGCCGCCCGCGUUUCCCACUGAGCAACCCACCAUGUCUCCAUCACACGCCGGCAGUAUCACGUCCGACCAGGUGCUGCUGCUGCCGCCGCCGCCUUCGUCCUCUGGCCGUCCAAAACGAGAAAUGUACACGGUGGAAUGGGUUGAAGGACCGCUUGGCAUGAUCUUUCGCCCAGACGACAUCGACUGCCACAUUCCGUGCAUUCGCAAGAUCACUGGCAAAGGACUCGGGUCGCGCGGAAUCGAACGCGCCCGCGUCGGCGACAUUCUGCUCGAGAUCAACGGUGCCUCGACCAAGGAAAUCGGGUUCCGGCAGUCGAUUUCCACGCUGAAAAGCCUCGAGAAACCGGCGAUCCUCAAGUUCAAGCGCAUGCGGCGACGGGUAUCUCGCAGUCGCGACAAAGAAGCGGCUUCCGAAUCGGGUAUGAGGACGGUACCGCCGCCCAUCAUGGAGGACCAGGAAGAGCCUGCUGCACGUAUAGCUUCUCCUGCACCCACGCCGCACCACCCAACCACAGCCCCGUCACCGCUCAUCUCGUCCGACACCACCACGUCGUCCAUGCAGCACCUUCCAUUGUCUGCCAAACUCACGUCCGACGCUGGUAUGUACGACAUUGUGUGGCGGGAAGGCGAGCUGGGGCUAAAGCUAAAGCCCACAGCCAGCGACGUUCCGAUGGUAUCGCGGCUGACGGGCAAAGGAAGCGCCAGCGGCCUCCACAACGCGCACGUGGGGGAUGUCCUGGUCACAGUCAACGGCAAGUUGGUCGACGAAUCGUCGUACACGAGUACACUGCGGCUGCUCAAGCACACGCCCAAGCCCAUCAUCCUGCGCUUCCGACCCGUGGUGCGGGACAUUCACCUUCCUCACCACUCGAUGCACCCCGGGGACGCCGCUUCAUCUUCGUCGUCGUCCUCCUUUCACAAACGCGACCAGAUUCCACUGGACGUGGCCAAACAGUUGGUGGCCACGUCGCAAGGCCUGGAUAUUAUGACAGACGACUUUGCUGGCGUGUCGAUGCGGGAGAUUGAAGAAGGGUCCAAAGAGGCUAACUACCUCCGCGUAGCCGCCAAGGCGUUUGUGGCCAUCCAAGCAGACAAGAAGCGUGGCCAGAAGAAGGCCGAGCUGACGCGCGCCGAGCGCGAAGCGCAGGUGCUGGCCGAAGCGCUGGAACAGCUCAAAGACCAAGCCCGAAAGUACGAAGAGAAGCUGGCCAAGCAAAAGACGGAGCGCAUUUUGCUCCCCGCGACCGCCGACAAGUCCAAGGCGGUCAUCGCCACGGCCAACUCGCUAUUUGCCGAACUCAAAUCAAGCGACAAGUUUUUCAGUCGCGACUCGAUCGACUUUACACAUGUUGAAGUGAACCAAGACCAUUUGGACAAAAUGCGCGACGACAUGCUCAAGGACCUGAGCUCCAUCACGUCGUCGGCACCAACGCUCGACAGUGCCCUGGUGAUCCCCGCGGCCGCGCAAAAGUGCUGCUUUCAGUGCGCGACGGUCGAAACCACGUUGCUGCCGUUCUACUUGGACGAUUCCGACAAUCAAUGGUACUGCGAAACGUGCUGGGUGCAGUACUAUGGUGACCCGAUAUUGGACCCCGUGAUCGUCGUGCAGGAAGACGCGGCGGCUGAAAAUGACGUCCCAUCUACGCCAGAGGCGGCAGAAGGGGCGGUGGCACCGGUAAAGUCGGGGGGGGGUUCCCGACGCCCGAGCACGCGGGAAGGUUUGUCGUUGCUGAAAGAGAUUGAGGAAAAGCAAGCCCGACGAGAAGCCGAGCGAAUGAUCAAAGAGCUCGAGGAAUUGAGGCGGAGUAGCAGUGCCACGGGCAGUAGUGCCAACACUGUAGUUAAUGCCAUCGCGAGUUCGGAGCGGCUGUCACAGCCGUCGUCGACCGAUCGCAUGGAGCGAGACAAGCGCGGCAAGGAAGAGCUGGCGCGGCACUUGCAAGCGGCGGAAGCCAAGGCCAAGGCGGACGGCAACGACGCGUUGGCGCGGAAGCUCGAGGCGCAGCGGAAGCGGUCGUUGGUGGACGUGACGUCGUCGUCGAUGUUGCUCCGUUCGACGUCGGACGGCGCGAUGUCCGUGUCGUCGAUUCGAGACAGCAACACAUCGCCGACCGCAAAGUCGGACGACGAGAUGCAUGUGCGAGCGUACGACGAGGACGAAGACACGUACGACGACGAAGAGUACGACCAGGACACGGAACUCCUCCAGAACCGCGAAGACCAGAACUUUGCCAUGGCCAAGGAGCUGCAGCGCAUGCAUGAAGUGGUGCACCAAGCCCACCGCAUGAGCAUGAUGAUGCUAGGCGAAGAAGAAGACGAGGACCAAGUGUCAGACUUUACUGGCCUCUCGGAGGAUCAAGUCAACUUAUUUAAGAAGCUCGCGCUCGAGUCGGACCACCGCGUGUCGCUGGCAACCCAAGAGUACUUUCGCGGAGCAAGCGACGAUUCUGAUUCCGACUCGGAAGGCGACGACGACGACGACGGCGGCGACGGCGUCUGGAUUUAAUGUAGAUAGACGCAGGCAGGCAGUGUUUAUAUGCUUUGAAGUAUAACGUUAUCGUGCUGAUAAUGCAAGGGGUUUGUCGUA